AUGGCUAAACGGCAUCUCUACUGCAAGUCUUGCCAGGGCCUCGUCUGGGCUACAAGCGUGGACGCGCACCGCCGUGCGGUUCAUCAGUCCGCUGCAAACUGCGUGUACCCCGAUGGCGCCCGCGCGCUCAUUCCUCGUAACGCCGAGACCCAGAAGUGGCACUGUGAAAGGUGCAAUUUCUUUACCGUGAAGUCCCGGGACAUCUCCACCCAUACAUCAGGUUGUCACGCCCUUGCCACUGCACCAGAACUCGAUGAAGACGAUGCGGGGCGUCCGUCCGACUUCGAUCCUCAAGAGGAUGGCUUUGGACCACUUCUGAGCCAGCCGCCGCCCUUCCCGACGCGUUCGAAACGUUGCCUGCCUACCCUGCCGUCCACACUCCCCCCUCCCGUCAGCUCCACCCCCCACAGCGAGAACAAUCGUCGCUCCCAUAGCAGCCCAGGUCCUAGUUUUGCAGAACGUGCACCAGCGGGCGAGGUUCCAUCGUUUCUCCGAUCCGCCUUCGCCACCCGUCCGUCCCACGACCCGCUCCCUCGCUCGAACCCGCAACAGCCUGAGUCUCACCUUCCGGCCUCGUCUCCGCCUUCUCCUUCGCAUUUCAAUGACAUGCUCCGUUCGUCUUCUCCUUCCUUCCCUGAGCCCCAAGAUGCUCGCCUGUCUCAGGAAGUUCCCGUGGCUUCCUCUCGCGCGUCCUCGCCGUUUUCUGCUCCCAUCGACCUGUCUGAUCCGCCGAACCACGAAGAUGCUGACGCCGCCUUGGAACCUCAGGAGGACCCCCACCCUUCUAUGCAAUCCAGCAUCGCUCCUGGACCGGAGACAGUUGUCACCGCUGACUUUCAACGCUGGGGCAUAGUGGUCAAUACCACUCACCGCGUUGUUAUAUGCGUUGGUUGCAAGUGCUGUGUCGCGCCCGUUCACCUUACCACCCAUCUGCGAAGUCAUGGUCAUGUCACCGUGAAGGAUGCCGCCGUGACAACUGCCCUGUCUCCGUAUGACUUGGUGCAGACUCGCGAGUCUUUUGUCCCCGCCUUAUCAGCUAAUGCUUUUCCGUCUGCCGUUUUUGGCCUCAACAUCGUCGAUUCCUACUUCUGCUCGCGCUGCCACCGCGGAUACGGCUCCGAGUAUUCGCUGACCAAGAACCACUUCUCGAAGACUAGUUGUAAUCCUGCCCGCUCGUACUAUCGUUGCCCAGGCCAGACAUUCUUCACCAACAAUCGUCGACGUGUCUUUCCUGUUACUCUUCCGUCCUUGCCGUCCCAACCCGACUCAGCCACGCCUUUUGAUCUCUACCUCCGAGCCGUCAUUCCCCCUGACCCGUCUGCCGAGCCCAUCGCUGCGCCUGCCAACGAGCGUUCGCUUAGCCGAUUCAUAGCGAAGGAGAAGUGGUUGUCCCAUGUCCUUGGCCUCCAACCUUCUUUCAUUCAUUCCUUGGUGGACAUUCAGGACGGCGAUUCUGACGCCGCCGCCGUUCGCGCCUGUGCCCUUUCCUACUUGGAGAAGGUGGUGUCAGCCUUGGAGACAACCCCCCCGCAGAUCAAGCGUCGCAUGGCCCAGUUCAGCGACGACCCUUCCUCCGGUGCAUUUAUUCCCCUCAGCCGGCCGUCGUUAUUGCAGUAUUCAAGAUACCUCGCGCAGCUCCUUCUGUUCGCUCUGCGCGUUCUCGAAUUGCCAGACGAGCCCUACCACGUACCCUUGACUGAAUACCAGCGGGUUGCGUGCCGAAGUCUGGCUGACGCGCUAGCCGGUCUGCUCUCAGAUACUAGUUUACAGACUCUCGUACAUGACGUCUUAUAUUCCCUCGUCGCCCAUUCGUCACCCAGUUCAACAAUCGACAGAUAUUUCUCUCCAAUCACUCGCUUCCAGGUCCUCAGCGCGGUCGCGACCGACGGCGACUUCAUCAAAACGAAUGACAUUCGCAGACUCAACGCGCAGUUAAUCUACAUCAUGCGCGCAACUAUGUUCACCGAGAUCCUGUCUCGCAUUCAAUCGCAAGACAGCAACUUCUAUCCAGUCUAUACUCAACUUCGUACGUACCUCAUCUCCGACGCCGAGACACCGUAUGCGUAUUCUGCUGCGCUCGCUGGUAUCCUACACGCAAUGGAGAAUCAGGACGACAGCAUGGCCCGCGUCCAGUUUAAGGAUGUCGAGUGUACCACCAUCCUGCACGAGGAUAUCGAGUUCACCCAUAGCUCCAUUGCGUCCGUCGUCAGAGGCGCCAUGGCCGAGUUUGACGCAAUCUUGUCGUCCAAGCUUUUGUGUGGCAUUCCGCAAGACGACCCUGCUUUCACUCUACCCGAGCUCAUCUCCUCGAUAUACGAUCAACCGCGAAACUUCGAUGCAGACUUCAAUUUCUUCGAUGAUCCUCGUAAUAAGAUGGGCGACGUUCAGCAUGCUCUUCUUCGCCUCAUCUUAAACAACUCUGACUUGGCGGGAUCCUUCCACUAUGUCCACGGCGACCAAGUUGUGUGGAAGUCCCUUCGCUGCCAGCAGUUCUUGCGCGACGCGUAUGAGGCCGAGCAGCGCCUCUGCACGAUGAUACACCUCUCGUAUGGCCAGCCCGCCCGUGGCGAGGAGCUGGCAACCGUCACCGUCCGCAACAUUCGGGGUGGUUCUGCUCGCAACCUCUACGUCAUGCAUGGCUUCCUCGUCAUCCUCACAGGGUAUUGGAAGUGCGCAGAUCAGACUGGCCGCGACAAGAUCAUCGUUCGCGUGCCAGCUCCCGAAGUUGCUCAACGACUCCUCUUCUAUCUCGCCUUCGUACGCCCCGUCCAGAUCGCUUUCGCAAAGGUGUUCUACGACGAAGCAGUCGUGCAACGCUUCACGCAUUACCUCUUUCCUGGCCUUCAUAGGCCCCUAGGUGGGCAGGAUGUAUCUGCGUGCCUCCGCGCUGACACCGCCAUGUACCUGCGCUGCGAGAUUGGCCUGCGCGACCACAGACAGCUUGUGUCUGCGCUCAGCCGGUAUGCUCGUCCCGUUGAUUAUUCAGACGACACAACGCACCCGUACGAGCUCCAGCGUGGUCACAGGAGGCGUGUUUACGAUUCGCAUUAUGGAAUCAGCAACGGCAUGCUCCCCGGCGAGGAUCCCCAGCGCGUCAUAGCCCAAAUUUGUGCCAGUACCUAUUUCCAUUUCGAGAUCGGUAUGGGCAAGAAGUAUGACCCCAACGGCAAGGGUAGCUACACAAUCGUUCCCGCCGCUGAUGCGCCAACCGCUUCGGCUGCUCCAGCCAUCGAUCCCGAGGCCUUUGCAGACCAAAUCGCCGCCCGACUCCUUCCAUACCUCGGACGGCACCUUCCUGGCCCCAUAACGUCUGGCGUCCUGCCCACGCUCGAGCGGUCCAUGCAUCGCAUCGCUGCUGUAUUGACUCUGGAUCAUCGGCCGAGCGCUGUAACUGUCACUCCAGCAUCAACAAGUCAGUACGCGGUUACCUCUGGGGUUCUCAAAGCGCUGCGCGACUUUCUCAAGGAUAACACUGCGUCGUUCAGCUCACCACUGCAAGGUCAGGCGCUCGUGGCUUAUCUCAGUCGCAAGGUCAACAUGCUCGUCUGUCUCCCUACCGGCCAUGGCAAGUCGUUGCUCUUCUUCCUUCCAGCGAAGAUGUACGAGUCCGAGCGGACCACCGUCGUCAUCGUCCCUCUUCUAUCUCUCCACGCAGACUUUACUCGGCGCGCCGGGGAGCAUGGCAUCCGAACCCGCCGAUGGCAGCCAAGUGACACCCUGGAGUCCUGUUUUGUUCCACUCGUGUUGGUAUCGCCUGAGCACUUGAACACCAAACCUUUCGUCGACUUCAUCAACCAGCUGCAUCAAAAUCAGCGUCUGCUCCGUCUCGUCUUCGACGAAGCACAUCUCAUGAUCACUCAAGCGUCCUUCCGCGAGUGUUUUGACGACAUGCGUCACCUUCGUGAGGUCGGUGUCCCAUUCAUCCUGCUAACUGCCACUCUCGCCCCCCACCUGGAAACCCCGCUCUUCCAUAAGCUGAACGUUAGUGAUAUCGUCGUGUUCCGUCUCCCCUCAGUUCGUCCAGAAAUCAGCAUUCAAUUGAAAUCGUUUCGCACCAAGGCGGCCAUGAACGACGCUUUCAUUCCCGAGGUCAAGGACAGCAUUCUGCGUCUGGAGCCACAUGAACGUGGUCUCAUAUUUUGCAAGACUGUCGCCGAGGUAGAGAUAGUGGCGCGACAACUGGGCGUCGACGCCUUUCACUCCAAGCUCGAGCCCGACACCAAGACCAUGCUCCUGCGCCAGUUUGUCCGAGGCGACCUUCAAGUUCUUGUCUCCACUAGCGUCCUCGGUGAAGGCCUCGAUCUCUCCUCCAUCCGUUUCGUAUUCCACUGGGGUCUUCCGCGCGACCCCUCAAGCUAUUACCAAGAAUCUGGGCGCAUGUGCAGGGAUCGUCGAUUUGGCACUUCCGCUGUAUACUUCCUGCAAUCCGAGCAAGUCCGCGUUGCUGAUCCUGACACGAUCGGCGCUGGGGUCAUCAAAACCUGGUGUAACGAAGAUGACAUCUGCCGUCGAAUCCGUCUCGCUGAAUUCCUCGACGGCGCGCCGACCCAAUGUAGCGUACUCAUUAAUCCUAACUUGUGCGACGUCUGCGCUCGCGAGAUGGAUAAUCCCAACCCACCUCCCCUCGCCAUGUUCCCUGAUCCUAUCGUUGCCCCUCACGACUUUUCCAACGUCGACUUCCCAGAUGUCCCUCUGCCACAGUCUCCGACUUUCGAGAUUACUCACGAGGAUCUUCCUGACGCGUACAAUUUCCUUGCACCGGAGGCUCCUUCCGUCCUGCCCACUUUCCAUUCGCCUACCAACCAGCUCGAUGACCAGAUUUCCCCAUCUCCCUCACCUCGUGGCGUCGUACAACGUCGCGCCGUUCAAGAGGAACAGUCGCUCCGUGGUGAUAUUGGCAUAACACCUCACGAUGAACUACUCACCGUGCCUGCUCCUCCCAGAGACCCUGCCCCGCGCACUCCUCAUGCCAAAUCACGCGACGACAUGCAAAUGGUUCUAGUCCCUGAGUACAUCUCGAAGUCGCGCCUCACGUCGAGCUUAGUCCCACUCCGCCGGUCUCGCGACGAUUACGGUGGCGAUGUGCACGAGUUUGAGCGAUCACCGUCUCCUGGUUUCGAGGACCGAAUGAUGUCUCACACUGUGUGGCAACCCUUUGGGGAUUUUACCCACUUGCCGACACCUACCACCACCAAGCGGCGGCGUGUCCACUUUGACCAAACGCCUGCUCCUUCGCCUGUUAUUUCUCCUACCCAGUCUUUCGUCGACCGUGCUCGGCCUAACGCGCGCCAUUCCACCCGUCAAUCACCGCCAAUGCUGACCGCACGGUCAUUCAAUUCGUUAGCUACGCCCGGCUCGUCCUCCAGCGCAUCGCGUGGAUCAGCGACAACAAGGACGCCGUCCCUACCGUCAACGUCCUUGCCGUCUCAGGUCUCCGGUCGCCCUUCGAUGCGUCCCUCAGCUCCCACUAUCCGGUACUCGUCUGCCUCAUAUAAUGCCCCUUCCACUUCACGCCGUCCUCUCGAACCUUCCCUCACCCGGCGACAACUCCCUGGCGUUGAAACCAGUGGACUCGACGAUUCGUCGAACUCCGUUGGUACGAGAGUCACGUUGGAUUCAAUGCGAGCGACAGCCGAGCAGGACGUACUGAAGUCAAUUGCCCGCAACGUUGACGAUGUGUUGUCCCAUUUCCUCUUCAACAAGUGCUCCAAAUGCGCGGUUCGGGCUCUCCCGUACGACCACGCCAGCACCUCGUGCCCCGACCGCCUUUGCUCGGCAACUGAUACCGUAUGGCAGAAGUUCAAGGAGCAGUUUCUGGCGCAGCGCAAUAAGGCUACACACUUCGGGUGGCAUGGGCCGGGGUCCCCCACCGAUUGCGAGUUCUUCGACAUCAUCAAGCCUGCCCUCUACGUCGUCUUUGCCGACCGCAAUUGUCGUAGGCUCUACAGCAAGGACCACGGACAUGAACUGCCUCAAACAGUAGAAACUUUCAUGUCGUGGUUGGCACAGACCGAGGACAAGUUGGGCAACCAAAUCCGCCUCUUCCACUGGAUUUGCACUGCCCGUGGUCUGAUCACGAAUUUUGUCGGUCACAUGGUUUAUGUUCGUUUGCACGAGUCCUCGCAGCCACUUUCGGCGCCCUUGCGCGUUUCUCCACUCGUAUACAUAUACAUCCUCUCCAUGCAGUCCACCACCCCUGUCGUACGGUCUCAAACUGGGCGUUUAGAUAACAUUUGGUACUUCACCGACGCGAUCUGUGCCGCUCGCCUGGACGACACGCGCUGGAUCUCAACCCCGAAUGCGGAGUGGAUCCCCGCAAUUUCGACCGACAAGGUCGAGGUCCGUGGACGUCGAGAUGGUUGGUACGGAUCCGCGGAUCCUCAUCGUUGGCCACAACUUUUCGACUCGAAAUUCACACACCUCUGUAUACUCCCUGACCCAUUCUACCCCGGGUCCUCUGAGAUGCCUGCGUCUGUUAUGGACAACGUCAUGUCCGACCACUAUCGUUUCACAAGCACGGUCGGUGAGAAUGACGAACGCCUCGUCGUCGUUCACUACGAUCGAUCUCCGAUCCUAGCCCGUGAUCUCGAGGACCUGAAGAACCAGAUGGAGGUGUUCAUCCGGGAGGAUGCGGCGACGUCGGACUUCACUGGCGGCAUCCCCCCUAAUAUACACGCACCUUUGAAGAACUACGUGCUUUCGGCGUUCGACGCGGUCGAGCGUAUGAAGAGCGUUCCCAUGACCUUGCAACAAUUCGUCUGGGAGAAUCGAGAGUACCAGCGAUACUACUCCGAGGCCACCGCGUACAUGGAGUUUGCGAGGACAUUCACGCAUCGUAUGGUGGACGCGAGGCGUCAUUCGGCCGACACUCGUCUCAUGGGGGCGAUUUCCGAUGACCCCGUCAUCGUUCAACGACUAUUCCGUGCUGGCAUCCCGGUGUGGUUCAUUCGUCCCUAUCGGCACCUCCUCCCGGAGUUGAAGAUCACAGACGUUGUCGACCUCGUGCAACCGGAGGAACGGCAAGUCACCUUGCAGGAGUACGAUCCCUCAUACCCCACCUAUUAUUCUGGUCCUCCCGGUCGUGUGCACCUCACGGCUACCCACCUGUUUGGGAGGUUCCAAUACACUCCCGGCAUACCGGAUGCUCCGCCGCUCCUCCCACAAGCUGCGUCCGGUUCUGGUUCGAGGCGGCGGCCACUGAGCCCUGAUCCGGAGACGGCGACUUCCCUUACACCUCCGAAGAAAGGCAAGUCGUCUCACACCGCGCCGCCCCCAACAGAUGCCAAACACACUCCUCCGAAGGCGAAGGCAGGGCGCGACCACUUUGUCGAUCCAGAGCAUCCGUUGAUACCGCCUCCCAUAUCCCAGUGGGCGAACACUCUUACACGCGUCCAGAACGAUCCUACACGUUUGCAGAGGGAUCGUAUUCCCGGGGGCUACUAUUGCCCAAACCCAGCUUCGUUCGCCACCGCCAGUAGCCUCACCCGUUUCCUCGAGACUUGGCUCACGAUCCGUCCGGCUUGGCUCGCUCACAUGAAGAAGGUCGUGUACACUGCAGCUGUGGUGCCUUUCAACAAACAGGUAUGGAACGCACUGCUCGUCAUGACUGAUGAACAGCGCCGUUCUGCUGCGUCGCAGCAUGAUGCCACAUCGAAAUUGAGUGCCUCCGCAAAGGCCCGUAUGGAAGCCAUGAGCGCGUUUGGUCAGUUCUUCCCCACUUCCGACUUCCGCACGCCGUCCUCCGUCAGAUGGCACGAAUUCUCCGUCGCCACUCCCAUACGCAACCCGGCACCCAGCUUCGUGCGUCAAGUGGUUUGGGAGCUCUACGAGCUAUCAUUUCGACUGGAGUUAUCCGCGGUCGACUUCAAGCUCUCCGGGAUGGCGUCCAAACCGCCUGUUCUUCGCAAUGACCGUCUUGCGCUCCUCUCCGCUUGCUUCGCCGAUCGCCAGCUCGUUCCAACGCAUUAUCCUCAAAGUAACGUGGGCCUUGCGUCGCUGCAUCGCCAAAACCUCGCCGUGUUUGUGGAGUGCCUUCGACGUGUUGUGUUGCAUUGGCCAAACUCCCACUCUAUGCAGCGGCACCUCCGUCCCGAAGAUCAUCCUCAACUCGUCGUCGAGAUUGAGCACGACGUAGUUUCCUUUUAUUGCCAGACGUUUUACGACGUCACCGGGCGUGCGGCUGUCGUUCCCCACCGCCUCCCGUCCGCCUGA